CUCGUGUUGUGGGGCUCGGCUGGUUCAUUUAUGUUGUUUUUCCUGUGCUGAAGUUCCCGCUGUAGGUGGUACCUUUGCAGACGGUGCGAUGGGGGAAGCAGAGAAGUUUCACUACAUCUAUAGUUGUGACCUGGAUAUCAACGUCCAGCUUAAGAUAGGAAGCUUGGAAGGGAAGAGAGAACAAAAGAGUUAUAAAGCUGUCCUAGAAGACCCAAUGUUGAAGUUUUCAGGACUAUACCAAGAGACAUGCUCUGAUCUUUAUGUUACUUGUCAAGUUUUUGCAGAAGGGAAGCCUUUGGCCUUGCCAGUGAGAACAUCCUACAAAGCAUUUAGUACAAGAUGGAACUGGAAUGAAUGGCUGAAACUACCAGUAAAAUACCCUGACCUGCCCAGGAAUGCCCAAGUGGCCCUCACCAUAUGGGAUGUGUAUGGACCCGGAAAAGCAGUGCCUGUAGGAGGAACAACGGUUUCGCUCUUUGGAAAAUACGGCAUGUUUCGCCAAGGGAUGCAUGACUUGAAAGUCUGGCCUAAUGUAGAAGCAGAUGGAUCAGAACCCACAAAAACUCCUGGCAGAACAAGUAGCACUCUCUCAGAAGAUCAGAUGAGCCGCCUUGCCAAGCUCACCAAAGCUCAUCGACAAGGACACAUGGUGAAAGUAGAUUGGCUGGAUAGAUUGACAUUUAGAGAAAUAGAAAUGAUAAAUGAGAGUGAAAAACGAAGUUCUAAUUUCAUGUACCUGAUGGUUGAAUUUCGAUGUGUCAAGUGUGAUGAUAAGGAAUAUGGUAUUGUUUAUUAUGAAAAGGACGGUGAUGAAUCAUCUCCAAUUUUAACAAGUUUUGAAUUAGUGAAAGUUCCUGACCCCCAGAUGUCUAUGGAGAAUUUAGUUGAGAGCAAACACCACAAGCUUGCCCGGAGUUUAAGAAGUGGACCUUCUGACCAUGAUCUCAAACCCAAUGCUGCCACAAGAGAUCAGUUAAAUAUUAUUGUGAGUUAUCCACCAACCAAGCAACUUACAUAUGAAGAACAAGAUCUUGUUUGGAAGUUUAGAUAUUAUCUUACGAAUCAAGAAAAAGCCUUGACAAAAUUCUUGAAAUGUGUAAAUUGGGAUCUACCUCAAGAGGCCAAACAGGCCUUGGAACUUCUGGGAAAAUGGAAGCCGAUGGAUGUAGAGGACUCCUUGGAGCUGUUAUCCUCUCAUUACACCAACCCAACUGUGAGGCGUUACGCUGUUGCCCGGUUGCGACAGGCCGAUGAUGAGGAUUUGUUGAUGUACCUAUUACAAUUGGUCCAGGCUCUCAAAUAUGAAAAUUUUGAUGAUAUAAAGAAUGGAUUGGAACCUACCAAGAAGGAUAGUCAGAGUUCAGUGUCAGAAAAUGUGUCAAAUUCUGGAAUAAAUUCUUCAGAAAUAGAUAGCUCCCAAAUUAUAACCAGCCCCCUUCCUCCAGUCUCUUCACCGCCUCCUGCAUCAAAAACAAAAGAAGUUCCAGAUGGCGAAAACCUGGAACAAGAUCUCUGUACCUUCUUGAUAUCGAGAGCCUGCAAAAACUCAACACUGGCUAAUUAUUUAUACUGGUAUGUGAUAGUGGAAUGUGAAGAUCAAGAUACUCAGCAGAGAGAUCCAAAGACCCAUGAGAUGUACUUGAACGUAAUGAGAAGAUUCAGCCAAGCAUUGUUGAAGGGUGAUAAGUCUGUCAGAGUUAUGCGUUCUUUGCUGGCUGCACAACAGACAUUUGUAGAUCGGUUGGUGCAUCUAAUGAAGGCAGUACAACGCGAAAGUGGAAAUCGUAAGAAAAAGAAUGAGAGACUACAGGCGUUGCUUGGAGAUAAUGAAAAGAUGAAUUUGUCAGAUGUGGAACUUAUCCCAUUGCCUUUAGAACCCCAAGUGAAAAUUAGAGGAAUAAUUCCGGAAACAGCUACACUGUUUAAAAGUGCCCUUAUGCCUGCACAGUUGUUUUUUAAGACAGAAGAUGGAGGCAAAUAUCCAGUUAUAUUUAAGCAUGGGGAUGAUUUACGUCAAGAUCAACUUAUUCUUCAAAUCAUUUCACUCAUGGACAAGCUGUUACGGAAAGAAAAUCUGGACUUGAAAUUGACACCUUAUAAGGUGUUAGCCACCAGUACAAAACAUGGCUUCAUGCAGUUUAUCCAGUCAGUUCCUGUGGCUGAAGUUCUUGAUACAGAGGGAAGCAUUCAGAACUUUUUUAGAAAAUAUGCACCAAGUGAGAAUGGGCCAAAUGGGAUUAGUGCUGAGGUCAUGGACACUUACGUUAAAAGCUGUGCUGGGUAUUGCGUGAUCACCUAUAUACUUGGAGUUGGAGACAGGCACCUGGAUAACCUUUUGCUAACAAAAACAGGCAAACUCUUCCACAUAGACUUUGGAUAUAUUUUGGGUCGGGAUCCGAAGCCUCUUCCUCCACCAAUGAAGCUGAAUAAAGAAAUGGUAGAAGGAAUGGGGGGCACACAGAGUGAGCAGUACCAAGAGUUCCGUAAACAGUGUUACACGGCUUUCCUCCACCUGCGAAGGUAUUCUAAUCUGAUUUUGAACUUGUUUUCCUUGAUGGUUGAUGCAAACGUUCCAGAUAUUGCACUUGAACCAGAUAAAACUGUGAAAAAGGUUCAGGAUAAAUUCCGUUUAGACCUGUCGGAUGAAGAGGCUGUGCAUUACAUGCAGAGUCUGAUUGAUGAGAGUGUCCAUGCUCUUUUUGCUGCAGUGGUGGAACAGAUUCACAAGUUUGCCCAGUACUGGAGAAAAUGAAACUGGGAUUAACCCAUCAAGAUGCUUGGCUCAAUAAGAAAACCACGUUAGGAGCAACCUGUGUAUAUUGGAGACUUCAGAGUAACCAGCAAGGAAGAGAAAACUUAAUCUUUAAGUUACCAUAUUUUCCAAAUAUUACAUGGUACCUGAGUUCUGCUUCCUUGGAUGUCAUUGCUUAAAUAUAGUCUUGAAGGGUUUGUUUUGAAAUAUUGUAUAUAUUUUUUCAAAUGUAUACAUUGUUAAUGAAUUAAGAAAUGAGAAACAUUCUUAUUUAUGUACAUGUUAUGAGAGUUCUGGAGGAAGUAAUAUGUUGAAAUAGUAAAACAUUUUAGUUUUUGAGUUUAAAAUGUUAUUUUUUCCUCUUAUAUCUUUGUAUCAGGACAGCAGUAACCUGAAUUUAGAUUGUCACAGUUUACAAGUUCAGGACAGCAGUAACCUGAAUUUAGAUUGUCACAGUUUACAAGUUUUUGUUUGUUCCUUCUUUCCUCUCUCUUCUGCCACUCACUUUUGUUUGUUGUUUGUUUUUGCCUAAUUUACAUGUUUAAAGUUCUACUUAAAAUUUUUCUUCAAGUUUUACAUGUUAUGGCUCAUUCUUCUGCAGUUCAAGAAUUGCUUAUAUUUUUAAAAGAUAGUCAUUUUCUCUUAUAAAUAAUUGAUUUUUCAUAAACUACAGUUAAUAGUUCUUCUAGCUUAUAAGUAUGUAAAGUAGAAUAUGAAAAUGUGGCUAUUUAGAUAACUGGCCAAAAGGUCAUAUGACCCCCAAUUUUAGUAUUGAGCAUAAGAUAUUUUUAUAUAUUCAUGUAAGACAAUGUAAAUUGUCUUUCUGCAAUAAGUUUUUUUGAUGCAAAUUUAGAUUUCAAAAGCUUUUUGAUGAUAUAAAGGAAUUGAGGAACAAAAACCUUUUUGAAAUAGCUCACCUAGGCCUGUUAAUGUAAUAUAUUCUUUCUGAAUUAAGCAAAAUAAUUUUUUGUCUUUUAAGACUAGAACUAAUCCCUCUAGCUUUUUUGCUGGAACUUUGGGGAAAAAGAACAAAUACAAAUAUACAAAUGGUAUGAACAAUAUAGUAAUAAUCUUUUGCAACUUAAUAUGUUACAUAGUCAUAUGGCUUGGUCUUGGAAGAAAAAGAAUUGUUUUGGUGCUGAAUAAAUACUAAAAAUCAAGUGACAGAGAAGAUGAAGGUAAAAUUGUGGCACAGUUUCGGAGAAUGCCGUUAAUGAUAACGUGUAUUUGUCUCAAAUUCUUAGCCCUGAGCUUGCCUCUUUAGAGUGGGGUUACCAGUGAGAGGGCAAGCAUGUAAUUAGGAGACACUCUAGAGGCAUAUGGAAUGUGAUUUGUAUAAAACAUACCUGCUGAUUAGAAAAACGGUAAAAAUGAAAAUACCUUUGUACAUCAUCUUAAGAGAGCUUAUAUAUAAACUAAAUGGGCAGGCUCCAUCGUCUACCUUUCUUUUUUUCUUUACAUGUUUAUGUCUUUUUCGUUGUUGGUCAGACAUUUUUAGCCCUCUGUAUGCUCAUUCUUGUAGUUAUAUUUCUAUUGCAACUUCCUCCAAAACUUUUCUCUGAAUUACCCUUGUUGAAACUGACCAUUCUUCCUUGUGAACUCCUACACUUGCAUCUCCUAUGUCAGGAUUUGGCAUACUUUUUCUUUAAUGGGCUAAGAAAAUAAGUAUCUUCAGCUUUGGGAGGCAUAUGGUCUCAAUAGCAUCAACUUAACUCUGCUAACUGGAAGGCAAAAGUGUAUCAUCUUACUCAUCUUUAUAAACUCCACAGCACUCUGCCUAGAUAGGAGCAUGUUUAUAAGGAACUCAUUAAAUAAUUUUGACACAAACAUGAAAUUCUAUAAGGGUAGACACUGACAACUAGUAAGGAAGUCGAUCAUGAGUAACUUUGUAUUCAGUGCCACCUUAACAAGAAUUGUAAAGAGGAUAAACCUUUCUAGGAAGGAUGACACAUGUUGGGUGAGGAAGGAGCAUUUCUCUGGAGGGUAAACAGUAGCUGUGGUUUUGCUGAGGGUUUUUGGCUGUGAGUGACAAGCCUAUAUCAAAAAGAAAAGUGAGUUACCAAUCACAGUUUUUAUUGCUCAAAGCAAUUCUUUACUCCUAUUUUUUCCAAAUUCCACUGUUUUUACUCUUUAGAGCUGUAUCCUCAGAAUGUUGUCUGCAUGUUUCUUUAUUGUCAUUGCCAUGUGACUUCUUUGGUGACAAGUUCAGUAAUUAUUCCAAGCACAAUGUUUGUUUUGAGUUUGAGAGAUUUAUUUGUGAGGACACAUCAUUUUAAUUAAAAAGCGUGAGUACUAUGGUCAUUGAGUUAUUCAGAGUGAGAUGAGGAGAGAGAAUGUAGAUGGCAGUUAUUGGCAGUUAUUGGGGCUAUAGGAAAAAAAGAAGAAAAGUGUGGUUAACAUUCCCAAAUAAAGGGUGAUACAGCCUUGCUUUUUGCUGGGGUUAGCAAAAAUCAUUCUCCAUAUGCUAGUUUUAGGUGUUCCCCAGCUCAUUUGUAUUAUUGAGUUUUCAGCUGGGUAUAUAUUGUUAUAAUAGCAGUCAACAUGAUGUAGGGGCUCAGUAUUACAUGUCAGGACUAUACUGAUUGCUUCAUAUGCCUUAUCUCAUUCUAUGAGAUAGAAUUGUCUCCUCAUUUUUUAGUUGAAAUGACUGAAGUUUAAAGCAAUUGAAUCAUCUGCCCAAGGAUAAGCUGCUGGUGAGAGCAGAGCUGGGAUUUGAAGUCGAGUUAGACCCCAGUGAUCACAGUCUUGACUAUUAAAUUCUUCAGCUUUCAUUUUUCACUUAGGUAAUGGUAGUGAUAGUACUGACCUCUAAUGUGUGCAUUUGUGGGUAUGUGGUCAAUUCAGCUUUAAUCCCCAGAAGACAAGGCUUAUUCCUUUUCUUAUUUUUGGUCAUGUUUUAUUUUUUCAUAGCUUUUAACAGGAUUACCAAAGGCACACUCAGUAGUCAGUAAACACUUUUCUAGGAAAGGUGUUGUGUCAUCAUGCCACAUAUUCAUACUUGCCUUCGGUUGGAAAAUAGAUCAUUCAGUAAAAACAUAAAGGUAAAAUGAAUCUUGCCAAUGCAAUUGUUAACCUACAACCAUAAUAUACCUUAAGUAUAUUUUUGCACAUAAAUAGAACAUUGCGAUUUAAAACAAUAAACCAGAUUGAGAUUCUAAGGAGCAUUUUGUAAGUAGUUACUAAUGUUUGUUUUAGAUAGAUCACACAGCUUCAAAUAAAAACUGAUAUAGAUUGAACACCUUGAGAAUAAACCUUAGUGCCAAAUGGAAAAUAAUUUUUUACGAGUAAAUUUGAAGAACAAUGUGGACUUUCUAUAAUUAUAUACAGAAAAUACACUGAUUCGCCAAAAUGAGUAAUUUUGAUAUAUUGAUAUUUCACUUAUAAGAAUGCAUACCACCUAAUCCAGGAUGGGAUCUAAGAACAGAAAAAGAACGUUAGGUAAAAAUGAAAGAAAUCUGAAUAUAGUAUAGAGUAGCUAAAAACCAAAAAAAAAAAAAAAAAAAAAAAAAAAGGAAAAACAGAAUAAGCCUCAGAAGAUAGUGAGCAUCCCAUCUGGGUGACCACUUAGAGAAGCUGAGGUGGGACCCCUGCAUCCGAUAAGUGGCUGCACUAGACCACAGGAACCAGAGUCCACUGUAAGAACUAGGGUGGGAAUGGGCAUGUCAUAACCUCCUGAGAACUCUAUUAAAUGUGCACAUUCCCAGUCCCCACUCCUGAGCAGCUAAAUCAAUCUGCAGGUGGGCCUUGUGAGUUUUCGCAGGGGAUUCCAAUGCCUGCCUGAUUUAAUCAGUACAUCAGAUGUUAAGUUUUCCUCUAGUCCAGAGAUUCAAUAGGCCAGUGUUGGGGAUCAGGGGCCAGGGCUGGGAAGGCAUAAGAACAGAAGAUACAUUUGAGGCCCUGUUACACUGGUCAUCCAACCCAACCAGGUAUCUCUUGUUAUAUGCUAACCUCAUUUUCCCUUUCUUGUCUAUAGUGGGAAAAAAUAAAUUUUAACUGGCUACAUAGCUAAAAAACCUAACAAAAAGCACUUUUCUAUAUAAUGAGCGGUUUAUAUUAAGAAUGGGUACUAUGUAAAUACUGGUAAGUGAAAGUUCAUUUUGUUCAGUGCUAUGGGCUGGUACAUUGCAUUUCAACACUAGUUUUUUACUUUUAUCUACCCUGAGGGUAGAUAACCCAUAUUCCAAAAUGCAGUAUUAUUUUCAUUUGCUGUAACAUUUUAAGAAAUAUGUAGUUUCUAAAACUUCAUAUACUUUAUAUGGAAUAUGAACAACUUUAAUAUGAAUAAAUAGUCUAAAAAAGUUUUUUGUUAGGAAAGGUUGCCACGAAAUCAUGAGCUAAGUCAAUGGUUAUUUUAAGCCACUUAAUUUUGAGACUAGUAUUUCAUACAGAAAAAGCUAAUACUGAUAUCACACGCUAAUUGUGUAUAAAACACUAGGAAUGUCAAAAUAGAACAUAAGAAAAUGAGUCUAGUGGACCCACUGCAUAGUGUAACUUUGGGAUGAAUUUAAAAGAGUAUUUAAGUCACAGUCAAUUUUCUGUUGGUCUGAUUUUACCAAAUAACUCCCUAAAUAAGGAGCCUGAUUUAUCUAAAAUAGAAGUUAACGUAGCAUCCCAGUAUUGCCAUUCUAAAACUCUGGCAUGUAAAUGGGAGAAAUGGAAAUAAGCUCAAAAUGGGUAGGGUAACCCAUUUCUGCAUGAACCGUAGAAUUUAACUAGAAUUUGGCUGGCUCAUGCCUGUAAUCCCAGCACUUUGGGAGGCCAAGUCAGGCAGAUGACUUGAGCCCAGGAGUUCGAGACCAGCCUGGACAACAUGGUGAAACCCCAUCUCUUCAAAAAUAUAUAUUUGUGUGUGUGUGUGUGUGUGUGUGCACAAAAAUUAGCUGAGUGUGGUGGUUUACGCCUGUAAGCACAGCUACCUGGGAGGCUGAGGCAGGAGGAUUGCUUGAGCCUGGGAGGCAGAGGUUGCAGUGAGCUGAGAUUGCACCAUUGCACUCCAGCCUGGGUAAUAGAGCGAGACAACUCUAUCUCAAAAAAAAGAAUUUCACUGGAAUUUAUAUCUUCAGUGUUUGCAUUAGAUUGUCACCAGCACUAUCUGCCUUGUGACUGUCAGGACUAAUCCUUGUGUCGUUUAUCUUAUGUCCUUUACCUCAGUUUAUGUCCCUCACCACAAGAAACCCAGACCUCCCUAAUCAUACCUUAUGCCCUGGUCUUACCCACAUACAGCUCAGUAUAACUGCAUCUCCCCAAACCUCAGAACUCCUUGGGCCAUCACUGUCAGAGACAUUUGAACUAGAGCAACUCCAUCUUGAAUAGGGGCUGGGUAUAAUGAAGCUGAGACCCACUGGGCUGCAUUCCCAGGAAGUUAGGCAUUCUUAGUCACAGGAUGAGAUAGGAGAUUGGCUCAAGAUAAGGUCACAAAGACCUUGCUGAUAAAACAGCCUGUGGUAAAGAAGCCAGCCAAAACCCACCAAAACCAAGAUGGGAAUGAAAGUAACCUCUGGUCGUCCUCACUGCUCAUUAUAAGUUAGUUAUAAUGCAUUGGCAUGCUAAGAGACACUCCCACCAGCACCAUGACAGUUUACAAAUGCCAUGACAACAUCAAGAAGUUACCGUAUGUGGUCUAAAAAGGGGAGGAACCCUCAGUUCUGAGAAUUUCCUUGAAAAUUCGUGAAUAAUCCACCCCUUGUUUAGCAUAUGAUCAAGAAAUAAUCAUUAAAUAGCCAACCAGCAGCUCAUGCUGCUGCUCUGCCUAUGGAGUAGCCAUUCUUUAUUCAUAAACCUGCUUUCACUUUGUGGACUCCCCCGAAUUCUUCUGCAGGAGAUCCAAGAACCCUUUCUUGGAGUCUUAAUCAGGACCCCUUUCCAGUAACUUCAGCAGGAUCUGUGAGUGCCAGUUUCCUUCUGUGGUGCAAAACUAGGUGCUAAGUACACUUUUUCCCCCCUUUCCUCUAUUUUUAAAAGAACUUUCAGCUCUUUUGAAGUGGGUACAUUGUCUGGAGUACCUACCCUGGGGUUCAUUGUCACAGGAGAAUUUAGGACACAGACACACGAGGAGUUUAGGAGAAAAGGUUUAAUAGGUAGAAGAGAAGGGAAAGAGAAACAGCUUCCUCUAUAGAUGUCUGCACUGACACCGUGACUUUAAGGCAUGGCCCACGAUGUGUCUCCGAGUGGAAAAGACUGAUGGUCUCUGAGUGGAAGAGACUGGUUGGUGGUGAAUGUGCCAAAUUUUAUAGUCCGGUUUGAGGAGGCGGUUUCUGAUUGGUUCCAUCAGGUAUGACGUUUGCAAAGUGCAUGUGGAAGGCUGGUCGCCACACCCUAAUCUUAUGCAAAUGGGCUUUCCAGUUGAUUGGGUCCAUCUUGUCUAACACGUGACUGGCAGAGAAGGGAAGAUGAAGCCACCAUCUUGAAAAUGCCUAGUCCUUAGUUUCUGCUGGCAUUCACCCAUGCAAGCUGCCAGCUUGUCUAUGUCUGCAGCUCAACUUUACAGGCUGCUCUUUGUUAGCAAAUGAUUAGGAGCUGCUUUUCAUUAAAGAAAAAAGCCUUACCGAGGACUCCCAUCCCCUUGCUAUCUGCUUAAGUGAUUUCUUCUUAACUCCUAUAUCAAUUUUACACAGCACGAAAUAAUGAUGUGUCCAUAAAUGAGCCUUUGCAAGAUUACCAUUUAUCAAAGAAAACCAGUGAUGUUUAGUUAACUGUUUGUAAUAGUAAAUGGUUAGUAGAAUGUCUAAUUCAAUAAAUGUUUCGUAAAUGA